GCAGGUGGGGUUAGUCUAGGGGGGGUAGGUGUUUCUGUAUCGGUUGGACCCCUGACGGCCAGAACAUGUCGGGACAGACGCUGACGGACCGCAUCGCCGCGGCGCAGUACAGCCUGACGGGCUCCGAGGUGUCCCGGGCCGUGUGCAAGGCCACCACGCACGAGCAGACCGCUCCCAAGAAGAAGCACCUGGAAUACCUGAUUCAGGCCACCCAGGAAACCAAUGUCAACGUCCCCGCGAUGGCCGACACGUUGAUGGAGAGGGCCGGCAACGCCAGCUGGGUGGUGGUUUUCAAAGCCCUGAUCACCACGCACAACCUCAUGGUUCAUGGCAACGAGAAAUUCGUCCAGUUCCUGGCAUCUAGAAACACCUUGUUCAACCUCAGCAAUUUCCUGGACAAAACAGGCUCCCAUGGCUACGACAUGUCUACAUUUAUCAGACGCUACAGCCGCUAUCUCAACGAGAAGGCCUUCGCCUACAGACAGAUGUCCUUCGACUUCGGCCGGGUCAAAAAAGGAGCUGAAGGAGCGAUGAGGACCAUGUCGGUGGAGAAGCUGCUGAAAGGCAUGAACACCCUGCAGGGCCAGAUCGACGCUCUGCUGGACUUUGAUGUGCAUCCGAAGGACCUGGACAACAACGUGAUAAAGGCCUGCUUUCUGCUUCUCUUCAAAGACCUGAUCAAGCUAUACGCCUGCUAUAAUGAUGGCAUUAUCAACCUGCUCGAGAAAUUUUUCCAGAUGAAGCGGAGCCAGUGUAAAGAUGGACUCGAGAUCUACAAGAGGUUCCUGACGCGAAUGACCCGGGUUUCUGAAUUCUUCAAAAUCGCAGAGCAAGUGGGAAUAGACAAAAAUGACAUCCCUGAGCUCACUCAGGCCCCAGAAAGUCUUCUGGAGUCCCUGGAGACCCACCUCAACACUCUGGAGGGGAAGAAGCCAGAAGACAAGUCACCCACUAAGGAAGCGACAGCCAACAACGCUGCUCCCGCUGCAGCUGCAGCGCCGGCCAAGCCUGCGGCGCCGGCCAAACCCGCAGCACCGGCCAAGCCCGCGGCUCCCGGUGCCCCGGGCGGCCCACCGGCCCGUCCCGGGCCGCCUGCCAAACCCCCUCCGCCCUCUGUCACUCCAACAGCACCGGCCCCCCCCACCACCACCAUCACCUCCACCAGCAAUGCUCUGGACGACGGCUUCCUGCUGGACCUUGACCCCAUGUCGUCGUCUUCAGCCGGGGGCGCAGCAGCACUCGGAGCCACCACUGGAUGGGGAGAUCUCUUGGCUGAGGCAACCCCUGCUGCUGACGGAGCCUCUGAGGCGCUCCUAGAGAACGGAGAGUCUCCCGAUGCUCCGGUCGCUCCUGCCCUCCCGCCCGCCGCGCCCGCCGCCGCUGCAGCCGUGCAGGCCCCCACCUCGCUGCCCAUCUCUGCUCCCGCCGCCUCCGCAGCCACAGAAAUGGACCUUUUCGGAGAUGCGUUUGCACCUUCCCCAGGAGACGGUCCUGCUGCCGCGGCCGCGGGCCCCGCUGCUGAUGCCUUUGGCGGAUCUGACCCCUUCGCUACGACGGAGGGGAGCGCGGACAUUGCUCCGGGGCUGGACCUGUUUGCUAUGAGGCCCGCCGACACGGGGGCCGCCGCCGCCGCCGUCACCCCUCCCACCUCCACCGAGGCGCCGGCCAUCAUCGCCCCCAUCGCCGCCCCUGCCGCCCCCACCCUCUCUUCCACCACCACCACUACUACCACCACCACCACCACCACCACCACCGACACCACCACCACAGAGUCUGCAGCCGCCCCGACUCUAGAUAUCUUUGGUGAUAUGUUUGAUUCUAUGCCUGAGCAAAGCCCUACCACAGAACCCAAAGCUGCUACCACUCCUAGCGUAGACCUUUUUGGUGCAGACCUUCCUGCUGUUUCACGCGGGCCCUCUCCUUUGCCCGAGCCGGCUCCGGGUGGAGACAUCGUGACAGAUACGUUUUCAUCUCCUGCUCCUGAUCCUGCUCCCACUCCCGCUCCUGCUGCUGCUCCGGUUCCUGCCCCAGAAAUCUCGUCUCCACCGAAGGCGGAGCAAGAGCCAGUCAUUGACCUGUUGGACUCCUUCGGUGGUCCCGUGGAGGAGAUGCAGAGCUCUGCUCCUGCCGGGCCGGCAGACGACCUGCUGGGAGGACUGAUGUCCCCCACUCUUGCUCCCACCGCGGCCCCGGCUCUGGCCCCAGCCCUGGCUCCAGCUCCAGCCUCCGCCCCGGUGCAGAACGACCUACUGGAGUCGGGUUUUGAUGCUCUGGGUUCACUUUCCUCCCCGACCCCGCCGGUGCUGGCUGCAGCUGCAGCAGCGCCGCUGAUUCCUGCUGCAGCGGAGCCUGCUUCCGCCACGCCGGCUCCCUCUGGUGGCUUCAGCGCCUCAAUGUUUGACGGAUUAGGCGACCUGCUGAUGCCGGCCAUCACGCCCCAGAGCACCGGGGGCAGCAGCACGGGAGGAGGGAUGGGAACCCCCAUGGGAAUGGGGGGGAUGGCAGCCACGCCGACGCCCACCAAAGCCAUCGGAGGAGAUCUGGACUCGUCGCUCGCCAACCUGGUCGGAGACCUUGGAAUGAAGAAGAAGGACCCGCAAAGUGAGAAGAAGCUGACGGGAGGUGCCAACUGGAUGCCACAUGUAGCUCCCGCAAGCUGGGGAGCCCCCAUGGGCGGUGCCACCUCUGGAGGAGCUGCAGCUCCGGGAGCAGCUCCUACCGGAGCAGCGAUGGGGCCACCCAUGGCCACGCAGCCUGGCUUUGGCAUGUCUCCUGCAGGAGGACCUGGAGCUCAAAUGAUGCAACCCAUGAUGAUGCAACCCAUGAUGGGGCAGCCGAUGAUGGGGCAGCCGAUGAUGAGACCUGCCUUCGCAGGAGUGAGUGCACCCGGAGCACCGCUCUCUCCAGGACUUGUAAGCCAGAGCCCCAAGAAGCCCAAGGACCCUCUGGCAGAACUCGAUCUCAAGGACUUCUUAUAACACCUGAGCUAUCUGCUUUCCUCUCUGGAUCCGGGCCUUCUCGACUUUUACCUGGUGUCUGUGAACAUCUCAGGACGCCAACGGUGUUCAGCUACUCUUUUCUCCACCCCAUCCGUCCACGACCCCAACUCUUCUCCUGUGUGAUGUCGUAGCACAAACUGUGAAAGUGAACCAUAGCGGAUUAUAUUUAAAAAAAAAGAAGAAAAAAAAAGAUACAAGUGUGCGUUUAUGUUGGUGUACUAAUCUUUUUGUCAAAACAAAAUCCCCACAAAUCAAACAAAACAAAACAAAAAAAAAAGUCCAGAAAAGUAAGUGCGAGAAAGUGACGAAUCGUGUGUUUAGUCUCAUUUCUGGAGCCGAGUUUGUACGAUUGAUGUGUUUUCGAUGUCCCCAAAACUUCACCCACUGUCCUCUCCUUGGCUCCGCCCCCAAAAGGGGGAGGAGCUCUUCUUUGUUCCACACUGGUUGGGAGAGUGCGGUAAACACGGCUCCGAUAGGUUUACAGGAAGGUCCUAUUUGAUGUACAUAGAUGUCUCUGGCGAGGAUUGCGUCUAUAUUCUGUGUCUGUUUGAAGAGAAAAUGUAAACGUGAAUCAGACAUGAAAAUGUAAGAAGUCAUGUGAGUAUCCUUCUAUUUCCUGUCAUACUAGAAAGCCUCUGGAAGUAAGUAUGACCGCCGUUAAAUGAUAAAUAAGCUGUAUAUUUAGGAACAACUUCUGUGGGCUUCUGCGUCAUGAAAGACCAGGAAGUCAUCCUUUUUUCUUUUUUUUUAACUUGUCGAUUUGUAUUCUGUUUAUUUUAGAUAUUUUUUUAGUUGUUUGUCAUUUGUAUGGACAUUAUAUUUUUUUUCUUCGACAUAUUCCUCCAGAUUGAUGUGGAUAUUUUCUGGCGUUGCUGUCGAGGAGUCUUAAAACUUACUUAAAGAGAAACCGUUUAGUUACUGAAUUGAACGUUUCCUUCUGUAUAAAUGUCCAGAUGUGUUGAGUUGAUUCUCACGUGGGUAUAUCUUCAUUCUAACCUGCUCAGUAUGGUUGUUUUUGUAUUCUGUAAGAGUACCGUGGCAAACUCUGUGUUCAGACAGGUCAAACCAACUGAUUUUAAGUCUUUGAUUUAAACAUAUAAUCAAGCUAUCGAUUUGUGAAGCAGCGGGGAUGAGAAUCUGCACCUCUAAAUCCACUUAGAGAUGAGAAAGGUGACAAGUUCACUCAUUAAGGAGGAUCCAUUGCUCCUUUGGACUCCUUUGGUGUUUGAACAAAACUGUGUGAACAGCCUCCUGCACAAUUACUAACUAUAAAUAACAAGGUGCCAAGUCAAAUUUAACAAAAUUCCCAUUUGGUUUCUGUCUGAAAACAGGGUUUGUGUUGUUUCUCUCUCUGUUGCUGGCUUUUGGCCCGUUGUCAGUGGACCCCUGUAAUCGUGCGUGUGGUCACAUGGGAGCAAAGUCCAGAGAAACCCACUGGGGGUCACUGUUGACCCUUGGAACCAUGAACUUGUUCCCCAACUCUUCGUUCCCCUUCCUCCUGACAGACUUUGGCUGGACUCCCUCUGCUCCGGCUGCGUCUCGCACCCGUCUCUCCUCCUGUGCUGCAAGCUAAAGAGAGUUAUAAAGCUUACUCUGUGUGUGUUCGGCGUCAUGUUUGUGGAUUGAUUGUGAGAGUCAGACGUGAUUCAGAGUAAAUAACAACAGGAGAUUAACAUUUUUCAUGACUAAAUGAUCAGAAUUGUAUUUUAGUUUUUUUAGUUGUAAAUUUAUUUUAUUUAUGAUGGCCUUUCCCCCGUGCAUGUACGCCCUUUGAGAUGCAAUAAAUUGGAUG